AUGGUUGACAUAGAUAGAAAGCAGAAUUUGGAAGCCAAAAAAACCCAAGUGUUGAUUGCAGAUGUUGAUAAUGAGCUGAUUGAACAACAGAGAAUGAUAUUUUCUUUGAUACAGGAGAAAAAAAAGCUGCGACAAAUGUUAGAGUGUGUUACCGCAGAAAAGGAGCAACUGAAGACUGACCUGAGGGAGAGUACUGACAGGAAAAUUCAAGAGCUAGAAACUGCACUCCAUGAAGCAAGAAAAAGUGCCAAGGACAAAAAAGAGAAGAUUAUAGAGAUGCAGAGAGAACAAGAGAUGACUAAUGAUGCCAUAGAUAAAAUGCUUUUGAAAGUUGAUGAUACAAAUAAGUACCUGAUAAAAGCAAAAGCAAUUGUCCAAAACCUUGAGGAAAAUGUUGCUUUAACAGCUAAGCUCUCUAAAGAAACCUAG